AUGGAGCAGAAUGUGGCGGACUUCCGGGUACCCGAGGAGAUCCUUGCAGUGAUCCCCACGGACCCGUACGAGCAGCUGGACCUGGCGAGGAAGAUCACGUCCAUGGCGAUAGCCUCCCGGGUGUCGCGGCUGGAGGGGGAGACGGGGCGCCUGCGUCAGAGUGUCGCCGAGAAGGACAGUCUCAUCGACGAGCUCCAGGGCAGGCUGGCCCAGCUCGACAAAUUGUUCCAGGAGGCCGACGCCCGGCUCAGGACGUCAUUGGAGGAGAAUGUAAGAUUACGACGACCUUGCAUGUAAAUCUUUCUCACUUUUAUCAUCUUAUUUUUUAUUUUUUUUCCACCUUUGCGCAGAUUAAACUGUCUAAGGAACGGGAUUCACUGGCAUUAACUGCGAAGAAAUUAAGCCGGGAGUUGGCCAAGGUAGCUGUUCAAUCUCUAUUGCCCUAUGCGUCCUUGUUAUGAAGAACGGAAAAUUGCGAAUGCGGAGCUUUCGGCUCAGGUUUACAUGAGUUUGAAGAAGAUUUUCUUUACUAUCGUAAAAAAUUGCGCUUGACUUUCGUACUACCGAAGAAGGAAUUUCUUUUAGUAGGAACUUUUGCUUCUCCAGUGAGUGUAGGUUUGGAGGAGAGCGUGAACUGACCGGCCUUCCAUUCACUGACAAGGAUGCAUAUAGGGAACGGUGACUUCACUGGAUCUAUUGAGUAAAACCGGUGGUUAAACUUAGAAGAUGAAACAUGCGAUGUGAUUUCGACCGGCAUGGGUUCUUUUAGGCCUUCCUUGAAUAUUCUGGCUCAAAAAACUGACAAAAUAAGAGGUUAUAUUCUUAAUAAAUUUGGAACAAAUACCGAUGAUUUUAGUGAAGUGUUUAUGUUUUGAACCAUAUCAGGAGUGCUCAGCUUAUAAAAUCUCCUUAAAAAUUCAUUCAACCGUCAAUUCGCAUUGAUGUAAGAUGGAGGCUUUAGUCCAGUUUAUGGUUGUUCAUAGCAUACAUUUAUUGCAAUUCAUACCGAAUUAGUUGUGAAGGUGUUCCAGUUUUCGAAUUUUUUUUUUUUAUGCCUUGCGGCAAAUUCCAAAUCAGAAAUAUCAAUAUCUGAUUAUCCUCUCUUGAAGAGGAAAUAUUCUGACGGUUCAUCAGUGACGUGAAAGUUAUUUUUAUGGAUGAGAUUGAUGACCGUUUUAAUCAAUGUACGUAGUUAAAGCAGAUCGCAUUAUUCUGAUUGUUAAAGGAUCAAUAGCUAUCCAACUGUUCAGACUUGCAAAGGGCUUCAGGCAGAAGAAACCUGAGCUUCCUCUGUGAAGGAUCUAGAAGCAAAGUAAAUUCAUGUUGCCUUUGAAUGCUUUUCUCAAUGAUGUCCACCUUAUCUGAGAGUUAUUGGGAAUGCAAAACAUCAAAUCUGACGUGUCCCUUACUUUCAAGUCAAGUAUAUUUUGUGACAACAAUAUGAGACACCUCCCAUUGAGUGAAAUUAAUGAUUAUGCUGAAAGUAUCAACUUGUUAGGGGUUUUAAUCAUGAUAAGAUGGCGUUUCCAUCUGCAGCGUAUUUUGAAAUAAUUUAUAUUCCAGCUGUCUUCAAUAAGUGAAGGUACAGCAUCUUCCACUCUUGCUCGCCUAAUACGUGAUAAGAUGGCAAUUCCAUCUGUUCCUACUUUUUUUUUUUGCGCUUUUGAAAAACCUUGUUUACCUAAAAAUUAUUUGAGGUGGGUAUAUGCUGGUGGAAGUUGUCCAUCUGACAGGUCACAUCCACAAUUUCCUCUGUUUUACAUACACUAGACAACAUUUUUCACUCCCAGACAAAAGGGAUAAUCGUUGUUGGAUAUAGAUUGAACAUUUAUUCGUGGACUAAUCAGAAACUGUUGUUACUUAGAACUGAAUUGCUAACUAUUUUCUGGAUGAAUUUUUCAACUUCGAAGGUUAGUUGGAAGGGAUGCAAAUCCGCUUUUGCCGACUUUCUUCUUGAAUUGGAUGGUCCAUUCUUGUGAUUGGACAUCACAUACAUACAUUGUACUAACUUCGAACAAUAUUGUGCUUUACAUUUACCAUCUUGCUGUCGUUAGUAGUAUUUAAGGUGCUUCUUCUGGCUGAUGGGCUACAAGCUCUGCUUGCUGUAAAAACUAUUACUCGUUGAAGUUGUAUCUGACUCUGGUGCCUGAGAAAAUUAUCCUCAUUUCAGUUUGCUUGCUGUCGUUGCUGUAGAGGAUGAAAUUUUGUCAGAUUUGGACUGACUGAGACGACAAUAAACAAAAUCUACUUAUUAUGAAACUGUUCAGGUCAAAUUGACUCUCACCGAGCCAUAUCAAAUUUGCUGUCAAUUAUUGCAGUGCCUUGAUGGUUCUGACUUGAUCUGCUGAUCAAGUUUGAUUAAAUCUUAUUUUUCUGGCGUGGGUUUUUAAAAAGUGCUUAGCCAAUACAAGAACCUAAGAAACCUUAGUUGAUGUUCACGAGCUACUUGAAGCAGAUGCGUAGUUAACAUUUGUUGGCUUGAGAGUAGUCUGAGGAUAGAAAUCGUGGAGAUUUCGGUGAACACUUCAACAUUUUAGAGUCAUCUGCAUUUUUAAUUCAUAUUAGCUAUGCAGAUUUUAACAAUAAUAUCGCGUUUUGGGUUGCCUUCAUUAUUUGUGUUAAAUGAAAUCUGACUUCUUCUAAUCAGUUGGAAGCAUUCAAGAGGCACCUGAUGCAGUCACUGAAAGAAGAUGAUUCAUCUAUCACUGUAAAUGAACUCCAUCUGUAUAUAUUUCUACUAUGAUGACUUUUAUUGUGGCCUAUGUCUAAUAUCUUCUUCCAUUGUUCUCCUUCUAGCAGAAAUCAGAGACUGUGGACAUUGGAACCGAUGACCAGGCUAUUUCCAAAGCCUCUGACCGGAGAGGUUGUUUUCUCUCUUUAGAGCACUAUUUACUAAUUUUAACAGCUUUGCUUUGGGAAAAUAAUUUGCUUUCUAACUCAAUUAUAUGGUAAAACUAUAAUUCCUACCUGUGAUCAAUACUCAAAGAUGAUGGGUCGGUCGGCUAUACGAAAUCUAAUCCUGUUGCCGCUGUGAAAAAUAUUGGGGAUACUUGCCAGGAAGGUAAUCUUGCAACUAUUUUUCUUUUGUUUAAUUUUUAAUUUUCCCUCCGGAAUCAAUUUAUGAUGGAUAAAUUUAUUAUAGGAUCAAGAAAUGUGCCACAAAAGUAUACAAUGGUUCCAUAUAUCAGUCCAAGGCUUACUCCUAACGCCACACCAAAAGUUGCUUCUACUGUGAGCUCCCCAAAAAGAUUCUCUGCUGCUGUAUCUCCCAAAAUGGCAUCAGGUGCCACUUCCCCGACAAAGCGCAUGGAAGGGCAGGUUCCUUAUUCACCGUGGUACCCAUCUAGCCAGCUGUCCUCGGCAACAAGCUCCCCACCUCGUGGUCGCCCAUUAUCAGGUAACAUCCUAAUUAAGUUCAUCGACUCCCUCAGGAUUCUGCGACGGGUAGACCCGUUACCUUUUGAGUACUUGACACAAAAGGAAGUGUUGUUCUGUUAUAAAUUUCCUUACCUUUGAGGACCUGUGGACAACUAUCACUCUCAGAACGACUCCAUUUUGAAGUGGGCAACAUGAUUCCUAUCAAGAUUGGUUAUCUGAAAAAUUUUACCGGACAAAAUACUUGCAAAUAUCAUUUACGUUUAUUUAUAUGAAUAGGUUGUUUUAUUAUCUCUUAAAGUCUUUCUUGGUAACUCUGUGUUGGUGACUUUGACUUUUAAGGGCGACCCCCAAGAAUAGAUGGAAAGGAGUUCUUCCGUCAAACAAGGUUGGUAGAAAUAUGUUAGUUCAUGAUACAAUCUUCUUAACAAGAAGUGAACUAGACUUAUUUGUUUCCUGGGUAACAGGAGUCGCCUCUCAUACGAACAGUUUGGAGCUUUUCUGGCCAACAUUAAAGAACUCAAUGCUCACAGACAGUCCCGGGAGGUGUGCUUUCAGAAGUUGCCAAGUUUUUGAGGAUUAUUUGAUCAAAUGCUUGUAUACUCCUAUUUCUAUUACAUUUAAUGCAUAUAUUCUACUGUACACUUCCAUAAAGUAGCUCCGUAAUCAUCUUCCAUCACCUGUAGACAUAGGAUAUUUUUUUACUUCAUUGUUGGAUCAACACAUGAUUGCAUAAGUGAUUUCAAUUAACUUUCAUCAAUGAAUGCAGGACACUCUGAAGAAGGCAGAAGAGAUAUUUGGUACCGAAAACAAGGAUCUGUACUUAUCUUUCCAAGGAUUGCUGAAUCGGAACGUCUCUUAG